AUGAUUGAAGCCGUGCCCAUCAUGUCGGCGAGCGCAGGGCUGCACGAGACUCUGGCGCUGCUCACCUCGCAGCUCCACCCCGACGCCAACCACAAAGACGACCUGCUCUUUCUCAGGGAUGUCUUCAGUGAGAAGAGCAUUAGUUAUCUCAUGAAGAUCCAUGAGAAACUGAAGCAGUAUGAGAAGUACAGCCCCACUCCGGUUCUGCACAGCGCCUCCUGUCUGGCAGAGGACCUGGCAGAGGAGCUUCAGAACGGACUUCUGGAGGAAGACGAGCGAGAGCUCCUCCUCCUGCUGAGCACUCCUCACUUGAAGGCUGUGCUGUCGGCUCAUGACAUCGUGGCCCAAAAGAAAUUUGACCCCGUGCUUCCGCCGCUGCCAGAAGACCUGGACAAUGACCUGGAGGAGGAGUCGGUGAAGAUCGUGCGCCUGGUUAAGAACAAGGAGCCACUGGGAGCAACUAUUCGCAGAGACGAGGCCACGGGGGCUGUGAUCGUGGCCAGAAUCAUGAAGGGGGGGGCCGCUGACCGCAGUGGUCUGGUGCAUGUAGGCGAUGAGCUUCGGGAGGUCAAUGGAAACCUGAUAACUCACAAAAGGCCGGAUGAGAUUAGUCAGAUCCUGUCACAGUCCCAAGGCUCCAUAACACUGAAAAUCAUCCCAGCUGUUGCAGAGGAAGACAAACUAAAGGAGAGCAGGGUCUACCUCCGGGCUCUGUUUGACUACACACCUUAUGAGGACAGAGCCACGCCCUGUCAAGAAGCUGGCCUUCCAUUUAAGCGAGGAGACAUUCUUCAGGUGGUCAGCCAGGAGGACUCCACCUGGUGGCAGGCCAAGAGGGUGGGCGACUGUAAUCUGCGUGCCGCCCUCAUCCCCUCCACGCAGUUUCAGGAGAGACGCCUGAGAUACAGACUGAAAGUGGGUUCCCUCCCUGCUCCUGUGUCUCCCAAAGCUCAUACAUAUGAUUGGACUGACAAAGAAGACUGUGACAGUAAAGGUGCUCUGAAUGGAAAGGAUGUAGCCAGCCUACGCAGAAGUUUCCGCCUCAGGAAAGACCGCCAGGGUGCGUCCGCAGAGGCAGAAGGCAAUCAAACGGAGUUCCUGAUUUACGAAGAAGUCACACAGUAUUUGCCGCGCCCUGGCGAGAGGCCCCGCCUCAUCGCACUCAUAGGGUCGUUAGGCGCCCGCAUCACUGAGCUCAAACAGAAGGUGAUCGCUGAGAAUCCUCGACGGUACGGUUUGGCUGUGCCUCACACCACCCGAGCUAGGAAGAGUCAUGAACGAGAGGGAGUGGAGUACCACUUUAUCAGUAAAGCCGCUUUCGAGGCUGACAUCCAGAAUGGCAAGUUCAUUGAAUACGGGGAGUAUAAGGAGAAUCUGUACGGCACCAGUUUGGAGUCCAUUCACAUUGUUUUGAAUCAAAACCAAGUCUGUCUAGUGGACGUGCAGCCAGAGGCUCUGAAGACUCUUCGGACGGCCGACUUCAAGCCGUUUAUCAUCUUCGUGAGGCCUCGCAUCGUUGAUGGGCACAGAAAGCAGUUUGGCUCCUCCUCCUCACUCAGCGUUGGAAUCACUGAGGACGAUCUUCAUGAAAUGCAGCAGUCGGCGGAGCGGAUGGACGAGAGCUACGGCCAUUGGGUGGACUACGUCCUGCUGAAGGAGGACCCAGUCAGUGCCUUAGCAGAGCUGCAGAUGGUACUGGAGAGCGUACAGACAGAGCCACAGUGGGUGCCUACAUGCUGGGUGAGGCGCUAG